AUGGGGAAUAAGCAGUCGAAGCAAGAUUCAAUUCAAGAGGCCAGCACUACUGCUAUGCCACCACCUCCAGCGCCAGGGCAUCCAUAUCCACCAAGGACAAACAGUAUCCCCAAACUUGACACCGACUUCCUGCUACAACCGCCUGAUGAAAAUUCCAUCAGACGCCCGUGGCUGCAGCUCAACAAUCUCAUCGAUUCACAUGUCCAAACGUUUUACACCAACAUCGCCGACAUCGACAUCAUUGCCCCUCGCGAAAAGAUACAAGAAGUCCUGCUGGUUUCAGGAAUCGUUGAGAGCACCAAGGACGUCGAUAACCUUACAGAAUUACUUUACGUUCCGGGGCACAGGAAGCUUGGGUUGCGAAUAUGUAUUGCCCGGGCGGUGCUUGCGAGUAUCGACUUUCAGAAUGGCAGCCCUGAGAUGACAUCUCUCGACAGACAGGUUGUGGAGCUCAUGAGCCGCUUCAAGACACUGCGGCCUGAACGAAGUCCAGAAGAAGAGGCUGCUAUCGCCCACUGGCGUAUGAUCACCGCCUUUUUCCUGGCCCCAGACUCGAAGCACUCAAGAGCGGAUCUCGCCGGGGAGAUUCCAUGUGUGGACGUUCUCGUCAACUUCCUCGGGCUCUUCAAGCGACAUUCGGAUAUUGCCAACCCGGAGUGGGCCGAACAAGGAACGAGCAACGCAGACCAAGAUUGGAAGGGGAGCAUCAGGACCAUCGCCGUCCACGCCAUCGGCAUUGGAGAGAAACUAUUCUACCACCCCUCCACCUGGACCUUUCGCUGGUGCUCGCAUCGCAAGGAACAACAAAGAGAAGCCUCGCAGAUAGUGCUAUUCCCAGCUCUUGUUGAGGACGUGCUGUCAAACAGCAGCAAGAGACGUCACAACACCAUUCAGGCAGCCGACAUCUCUCCUGCCUUUGUGUUCUCACCGAAUGGCACCGUAAUACCGGCACCAGAACAACAACUAGAUCGAAUACCGGCAACGGCGUCACCGAGCAGAUCACCGAGCUCCACUGCCUCGAGGCCAGCCAGCAUAGGAUCCGGCGGCGGUGGCGGCGGCGGAGGAAGUGGCGGAGCACGCUGCACUCCGAACCAAGUCAUUUCCGCCAGAUCAUCACGAAGGAGCUACUUUGGAGAAGACAGCCCUCAGAACCAUUAUGUGACGGUGAAUGGCGAUACAGGAUACUCGACACCAAUACCACCGGGGUCAAAUGUGAAUAUUGUCGUUGUCCCAAGACGGCCGUCAACCUCUCGCACCGGCAGCGGCACGCUGGUCUCCCCGGUGAUGAUUUACAAGCGUCUCAAGGAGAUGCCUUACCCAAAGCACUCAAUUCCCCGACAGUCCAUUCUCCAACACAAGUGA